AUGUCGACAUCCGGAACACUGACUAGUUACUACGUGGAUUCCCUCAUUCUGCCCGAGAGCGAGGAGCUCUCUGCGCCGAGAUACCCCUCCGGUCCUGGGCUCCAGCACGCCAGACAGUCCGCCUCCAUCGGCGACCAUAACGAGCUCGGGACCUGCACCUUCCCGUCCAAACCGCCAGUAUUCGGGCCGUCAUGGAGCCACGUUCCUGCUCAGUUCCCAGGCACCGUCUCCUCUGUGUAUCAUCACCACUAUGGGCAUCCCCAAGGCCCGGUCGCUGCAGAAACAGAUGCCCGCUAUCAGUCGUGGCUGCUGGAGCCCAUGUCCGGUUCACUGCCCAUGGCCGGAUUACCGACGACCCAUCACUACGGAAUCAAACCGGAGGGUCUGGGAACGCGAGCUGACGGCGCGCUGCCCGGUUCCCACACGGCGCUGCUGCUCUCUGAUUACGCCAACGGGACGGUGGCCACGGCAUCACCGGUGGAAAAGGACGCAGUGUCGGGCCAGGCAGGGGACAUGAGCGGGGAAGCUGAGGAGAAACCGGGCCUCGAUCCAAAUAACCCAGUGUCCAACUGGCUCCACGCGAGUGCCACGAGAAAAAAGCGCUGUCCGUACACCAAGCACCAGAUCCUGGAGCUGGAGAAAGAGUUCCUCUUUAACACCUACCUGACCAGGGAUCGUAGGUACGAGGUGGCGAGGCUGUUAAACCUCACCGAGAGACAGGUUAAAAUCUGGUUCCAGAACCGCAGGAUGAAGAUGAAGAAGUUUAAUAAAGACGGCGCACCGAAAGACGAGUGA